GUUCUAGCCCAUUGGACUGUCCCUCUGUUUCCAGACAGUGCUCCCACAGGGCUGAGCAUAGGUGGGCGUGGCAGGCCUGAGCAUGAGAGGACAAGCCGUAUACCCCUGUUGGCACAGAAGACUAGUUCCUAACCCAGUUCGCAUGUCCAGGAUGCCUACAAGCUGCUAGGACCCCUCGCCUCCUUGUCAUGGACUGCCCAGGCUGACAAGUCAAUCUUUAUGGGCAUCUCCUGUUCCCAUCUGGAGGAGACCAUGUCCAAGUCCCCCAACUGCCUGCUGCGGAUGCUCAGGGGCACCCCCAGACAGCGGGUCUUCACCCUCUUCAUCAUCAGCUUCAAGUUCAUGUUCUUGAUCUCCAUCCUGAUCUACUGGCACACUGUGGAUGCACCCAAGGACCAGAGACAACAGUAUAGCCUGCCAGUGGACUUCUCCUGCCCCCAGCUGGCCUUCCCUAGAGUCACCGCCCCAGGUAACAUCUUCUUCCUGGAGACAUCGGACAGGACCAGUCCCAGCUUUCUAUUUAUGUGUUCGGUGGAAUCAGCUGCCAGGGCACACCCUGAGUCCCGGGUGGUUGUGCUCAUGAAAGGGCUGCCUAGGGACACCACAGCCCAGCCCCGGAACCUUGGCAUCUCUCUUCUGAGCUGCUUUCCCAAUGUCUGGAUACGGCCUCUAGAUCUGCAAGAACUGUUUGAGGGCACACCACUGGCAGCCUGGUACUCGGAGGCACAGCACAGGUGGGAGCCCUACCAGUUACCCGUACUGUCUGAUGCUUCCAGGAUCGCGCUCCUCUGGAAGUUCGGUGGGAUCUACCUGGACACGGACUUCAUCGUCCUCAAGAACCUGCGCAACCUGACCAACACGCUGGGCAUCCAAUCCCGCUACGUCCUCAACGGUGCCUUCCUAGCCUUCGAGCGCAAGCAUGAGUUCUUGGCACUGUGUCUGCGUGACUUUGUGGCCAACUACAAUGGUUGGAUUUGGGGUCACCAGGGCCCCCAACUGCUUACCCGAGUCUUCAAGAAGUGGUGUUCCAUCCAAAGCCUGGAAGAGAGCCAUGCUUGCCGUGGGGUCACUGCCCUGCCCCCUGAGGCCUUCUACCCCAUCACCUGGCAGAACUGGAAGAAAUACUUUGAAGACAUCAGCCCCGAGGAGCUGACCCAGCUGCUCAAUGCCACCUAUGCUGUUCAUGUGUGGAACAAGAAAAGUCAGGGUACACACCUAGAGGCCACAUCCAAGGCUCUGCUGGCCCAGCUACAUGCCCGCUAUUGCCCUACGACACAUAGAGCCAUGAAGAUGUACUUGUGACAGCCCUCCGGGCUGCAGUCAUAUCAUAUCAACAUGGUUACGGCUUUUCCAGGGAGGCAAGAUGAACAGAUGGGAAAAAGGGGGGCUCUGAGAUGCUACUGUUGACUUUAGGGGAAACCAAGCUGGCCUGGGGACCACCUGCCCCUCCCGGCCAGAGGGAGACUGGUGGAUACACUUUUUCCAGUUGUGGUCUAGGCUGACCAGUGAUUACAGAAUUACUAACAUCUGGGGCCUUCAUGGGCUAGAUCACACGAACACUAAAGAGCGUUCUAAGAUAUCUGGAAGACAGUUGGUUAGAGGUGGGGUCAAGAGCGGAGCUCUGAAACACGCCUGUGUAGAAAUGCUAAGGGAGAAGGAUCUGGCUCUCUCAGCCUCAUGAGCCCAAGGGGAGAGGCGGAGCUCCCUGGGAACACCAUCCUUCCUCCCCCAGGACAGUGCUCUGAAGAUCUGUCACAGCCUGUUCCAGUGUUUGGGGGAUAUGGAAAUUCUUUUUGUUUGUUUGGGUUUUGUUUUUUUGCUGUUUUUUUUGUUUUGUUUUG